CAGUAACUGGACACUGCCUGUUGGUAUCUCUGCUCUACCCCUCUUGCCUACGGAACGGUACAUCUCUCUCUCUCUGUCUAUCUCUAUCUCUCCAUCUCUCUCCCCGUCUCCCUCCCAAUCUCCACUCUGGCCAUGAAGCCUCCGACCUCCGCUCAGAUCUUCCUCAUUGUACUGAUGUUUCAUUCCAGUCCUGGGACUGAUUCGAAGGCAAUGGACAAUCCAAAAGUUGUGAAGUGUGGCGUUCGCCCUGAGCAGGGAGGUGUCCAGUACUUGCUGGGCUUGUGGAAGCGUAUCGUUGGGGGCAAGGAGUCGAAGGCUGGAGCCCACCCUUGGCAGGUGUCCUUGAAACGGCGUAACGUACACUACUGUGGAGGGACCAUCAUCAGCGCAAAAUGGGUGCUAACGGCAGCUCACUGCCUGCGGGACAGCAACAUCUUGACCGUGUUGAGGGUGACGGCUGGUGAGCACAACCUGAAGGGCAAGGAUAGCGGGGAGCAGAGACAGACGGUCAGACGCUUCAUCAUCCACCCCAAGUUCAAGCCCGCCUUCCCUGUGGAGUACGACAUCGCUCUGCUGGAACUCAACGGCAACUUCAACUUUGGAUCGACUGUUUAUCCGGCUUGCCUUCCCGGAGAGGAGGAUAGCUUCGGCAAAGGAACCGUCUGCACCACCACUGGCUGGGGCCGGCUGUCUGAGGGUGGAAUGCUGCCGAACACUCCGCAAGAAGUCGACCUUCCCAUCCUGGACCUCAAGACCUGCUUAAAGGUGAUGAAGCUGGUGAUAAAACAAUUCAAGGGGGACACACUCCUGUGUGCGGGCUUCCCCAACGGGGGAAAGGAUGCCUGUCAGGGUGAUUCAGGAGGUCCCCUGAUGUGCCGGGGGAAGGGUGGCGCCUGGACCGUGGCCGGUGUCACCUCGUGGGGGAUGGGCUGCGGCCGCAACUGGAAGGACAACGGAAAGAAAUCGCCCAACGCCCGUGGAACCCCAGGGGUCUUCACACAGGUGAAGGCUCUGAAGUCCUGGAUUCAGAAGAACACAAAGAGCGCAUUUAAAGGACGCAACAGAUCGAUUUUAUCUGGAGUUGAGCCGGAGACUUCAGAGGACACACAACCUACCGAGGCGAUUCAUUACUCCCCUGAAUGCGGAGACCUGCUGUUGACCAGAGCCCAGGGAGAGAUCCAAGCGGCCAGUUCCAUGAACCAGUCUAAUUGCCUGUGGAGGAUCAUAGCACCAAACAACAGAAUUGUUAAACUGGACGUCAAAGCCUUUAAUGGCAGCGUGGAGAGUGAGGGUUGUGCGUCUUCUCUUUCCGUCUUUGAUGGAGAAACUGCCGGCAAAAACAUGAAGGCGAGGUUGUGUGAGGGUCAAACAUCUUCGCCCAUCUGGUCCAGUGGGCCAGCACUAACGGUGGAAUUCACUGGCAGGUUGAACAGCACUUCAGCUGGUGUCCAGUUGGCUUACACCACCCACACCUCGAAGAACGAUCGACAACUCCUCGCGUGACAGGCGAGACGCACAAGAGAACGGAGUACCCGCAACUUACAGCUCAGAUGGGGCGUUUGGCAUCGAUGUUCCAGCAUACAUACGAGCCUUCCAGGAUGCACACCUUUCACCUCUCUCCAGCCCCCUAGUUCCGCUUCCAUUUAUUCACCUACUCUUUAAAUGUGGUGGCGCAGCUGGUAGAGCUGCCACCUCACAG